GCAAAAAGUAAGAAUUGGCAAACAAUCACACAUUACUCUCGUCUGAUCUAUCAUUAUAUGUAAUUUUCGGUGACAUUGAAGGCCAAUCAGUACUCAGAUUGAUAUGAGUGACGAGGAAUCCUUCAGUUCAUCAGUUGCUGUCAAUGGUUGGUCCGUUUGGUACGAAAAGUUUGGUUCCGGACCCAAACCAGUGCUACUAAUUCCCGGUGCUAUCGGGACAGGGAGAACCGACUUUUAUCAUCAACUUGAAGGGGAUAAUGUUCUGGACUUUGAUUUGGUUACCAUAAUCGCGGUGGAGCUUCCGGGUUGGGGUCGGUCGAGACCACCCGUCAGAAAGUAUGGGACAGGGGUUUAUGACAACGACGCCCAAUGUCUCUAUGAACUGAUG